AUGUACAUCUAUUCUGCAGACAGCAGCGGUCAGGCGUAUCUACUUGAGCGUAAGGAGUACACGCACGCGACACUUGAUGCCGGGUAUAUAGGGCAAGAACAAGUGAUGCAAAGCGUUAAAUCUAUGCUCAAACACCGCACCUAUGGCCUGGUGCGAGAUACAGCUACAUG